AUGUUCAAGGACACCGAGACCGACGCCGACACCUGCUUCGACUCCACACCUCCUCCCCCAACGCGGAAGGGGAAGGCGAGGCGGAGCGCGGCCUCCCCCAGCAGCUCGGACGUCUGCGUCAUCUCCCCGCCCUCGGCGCCCGCCAAGCGGAGGCGGAGGCGGGCGGAGGAGGAGGCGGGCGGGGAGUUCAGGUGGAUGUCCAACGAGGGGAUGCGGCGGGACGUCGAGCAGAUGUCGGACGGCGAGCUGGAGCGGGAGAUCGCGGGCAUGCGCUCGUUCGGAGGCCUUCUCGUCGGGGUGAAAAGGGCGCGCCACCAGCGCUUCCUGCCGCUGCUCGAGGCGGAGGCGCUGCAACGGAGGACCCGUAAGGACGCCGCCAAGGAUCCGGGUGCUCCUUCUAGGACGGAUAUCUACGCAUUUGAUAGUGAGGAUGAGCAGGCGGAAGAUACUGCUCGCAAAUACCUUCGGAAUUCAUCUCCCAUUCGCCCGAAGAAGAAGAACUAUGGCUCGCUAGGUGUACGGACGCGCAGCAGUUCCAACCAAGCUGGACUAAGGAAGCCUAUUCCAGCGGAGAAGAUGUACUCAAGCACAACAUCACCAACACCUUUACGUGGGCACACAAUGAGAGUUCGCGCCGUUGAUCCAAAGGAACGUGAUAAUGAAAAGUCUCGGCAGAAUGGGAACAACUAUUAUUACAGAACUAAUGCAGAGAGGAGGAAGGCAUAUAACGAAGAUUCAUCUCUUCUGCAUCAAAAGGUUAAUGCUGUGGUUCUCUUGGAUGAUGAAGAUCCGCAACCUGAUGAACCUGUAGAAUGUGAGGUGCCAGACAAAUGGAAGGACUUAAAAAUCUACUAUCCGUCAAGUGAUAAUCCGGAAGCCGUAGAGCUCAGCAGUUCGGAUAUAAAAUGUCUCAAUCCUGGAGUAUAUGUGUCAUCGCCAGUGAUAAACUACUACAUUCAAUACAUCAAAAGAGCCGAAAUGCAUAUUGAAUAUGGCACAGACAAAUUCUACAUGUUCAACACAUAUUUUUAUAGCAAGCUUCAAGAAGCAUUGUUGGAUAAGGAUAAGUUCUUGAAGUUGAGAAGAUGGUGGAAAGGUGUCAAUAUAUUUCAGAGAGGAUACCUUAUCUUGCCAAUCCAUGGAAUGUCGCACUGGAGCUUGAUAAUUGUAUGCAUGCCUGCAAAAGAGAGUAAUUCAGGACCAAUCAUACUUCAUCUGGACUCCUUAGGGAUGCACCCUAGUGCUCAGCUUUUUGACACAGUUGGGAAAUACCUUGAAGAAGAAUGGCGUCAUUUAAGGGAGACGGAGAACCCCCAUUCUGAAAUUUCGAUUUCAGAGACAAUAUGGCAGGAUCUUCCGAGUAAUAUACAGAAGGAAAUAGUUGAGGUUCCAGGGCAGAACAAUGCGUAUGAUUGUGGCGUCUUCAUGCUUUUCUAUAUUCAACAGUUUAUAAGACAAGCACCAGAAAGGUUCAGAAGAGAUAGCCUUAACAUGUUUAGUCGCAGCUGGUUCAGAUCUGAAGUUGCUUCUGAUUUAAGAAACCUGAUACGAGAACUACUGCUGGAAUUAUUUGGGAAUGCUAGGGUUGAUGACAUUAUGUCAGAGGCAGCUGCAUCUGAUGGCAAGGAUGAAGAAUGCAUCAUAAAGGAAGGGGAAUCAGAAGUGGUUGCACCUUGUGACAGUUCAGGAAUGGCUGCAGGAGGUGGAGAUACGAGCACACGCAAUGAAGAAGACUUCAUGGAGGUUGGGUCAUUGGAAGGAACACCUUUGACUACCCGUAGCAGUGAUGGCAGGGUCGUAGCCUGUGCUCUUUCAGAAGCAGUUAUGUCGUCUGAUAGCAUAGAUGACGAUGAUACCAUGAAAACUGAUUUGGACCGCUCAAAAACUGAACAAGACAUUGAGAUCAUCUUACCCUCUGACGGAUCGGGAAUGGUUGUGGGAGGUGGAGGCACUAGCACACAUAGCAGUGAUGGAAGGAUUGUAGCCUGUGCUCUUUCAGAAGCAGCUAUGUCGUCUGAUAGCAUAGAUGACGAUGAUACCAUGAGAACUGAUCUUGACCGCUCAAAAACUGAACAAGGCGUUGAGAUCUUACCCUCUGAUGGACCAGGAAUGCCCGUGGGAGGUGGUGGAGGCACUAGCACACGUAAUGAAGAAGGCUUCAUGAAUGUUGGGUCAUUGGAAGGAACACCUUUGACUACUCGCAGCAGUGGUGGCAGGAUCAUAACCUGUGCUCUUUCAGAAGCAGCUACAUUGUCUGAUGGCGUAGAUGACGAUGAUACCAUCAAAGCUGAUACUGACAGUUCAAAAACUGAACAAUGCAUUGAGAUCUUCCCCUCUGACAUAUCAAAAAACAUUGAAGAGAUCAUGCAUAGUACACCAGAUCAUACUGUGUAUUGUUCUGACAGUGAUGUGGAAGAAGUGAAGACCCCAGAAGUUGAAAAGAGAAGACGUAGGAGUAACCUUUGCUGCAUUGUUUGACAUGAAUGUCUCAUCUGCUCAUGUCCCAGACUACCGAAAAUCAAACCACGAUUUUGAGGUGCCUGUUACCAUAUUGCCAGCUGGGUGAUCUCAGGUACCUGUUAGGAUGUGAAUCGAAGGAGUAGAAUGUAUUGCUGAGCAAUGCAUAGUCUUCCUCUGGCUCUUCGCCCUUGGCUGUGUAAAGUUUUGGUAGGAAGGCCACGGUCGUGUGCUUGGAGGGGGAUGUAUAGUGUACAGGUUAAUCAUAUAUAUAGAGCAUAUCCAAAAUGCACGUUCUGGAACUACCGUACCU